AUGGCGUCCACCGACCCCUUCGACUCGGCGCUCGACCUGCUGCGCCGGCUCAACCCGAAGCACACGUCCGAGCACCUCAACUCGCUGAUCCAGCUGGCCCCCGACCUGACCGAAGACCUGCUCUCGUCCGUAGACCAGCCUCUCGCCGUGCGCCGGUGCAAGCAGACGGGCCGCGAGUACCUCCUGUGCGACUACAACCGCGACGGCGACAGCUACCGCUCGCCCUGGAGCAACCAGUUCGACCCGCCGCUCGAGGGCGUGGCCGGCGGCGGCGGCGGCGGCGCUGGUGGUAGCGGCGGAGACGGUGAGGACGGGGCUGACGGGGCAGAGGGCAACGCGUCGGGCCUGCCGAGCGACAAGGUUCGCAGGAUGGAGGUUCGGGCCAACGAGGCGUUUGAUGUGUACCGCGAGCUCUACUACGAGGGUGGGGUGAGCAGCGUGUACUUUUGGAACCUGGACGAUGGAUUUGCGGGCGUAGUGUUGCUCAAGAAAGUUGCCACACCCGGAAGCGCAGGCGAGGGCACGUGGGACUCGAUCCACGUCUUUGAGGCCAUCGACCGCGCGCGCUUCACGCAGUACAACCUGACGUCGACCGUCAUCCUGUCACUCAGCAACGCCUCGCAGGUCCUGGGCGAGAUGGACCUCUCAGGCAACAUGACGCGGCAGGUCGAGAUCGAGCUGCCCGCCGAGACGGACGAGGCGCAGAUUGCCAACAUUGGCAAGCUCGUCGAGGACAUGGAGCUCAAGAUGCGCAACCUGCUGCAGGAGGUCUACUUUGGCAAGGCCAAGGAUGUCGUUGGAGAUUUGCGCAGUGCGGGCAGCCUCAGCGAGGGCGCGAGAGACCGCGAAGCGCAAAGGGAGAUUAUUGGCAGCAUGAGGCGGUGA